AUGGACUCAUUGUCAUCAUUGACAUCAACCCUCCCCUCCCGCCGCCGUACGAACACAUCCAACGGCAAUAAUGCCACCCACGACCUCGACGCCCACGAAGCCUUCAAACACGCCGCUCUCUCCGUGACAAAACUCUAUAAAGCCGCAGCAGCUGAAGCCCAAAUUAGUCGCCAAGAAGGCUACUUGGAUGCGGUGGAGGAUAUGCUCAAAUUACUUGACGAGAAGGCCGGGGAGGGGAUGGAGGUUGAGAGGAGGUUGGGGGUUUUGAGGGAGUGGUGUUUUGUUAGGAGGAGGAGGGGGGAGGAGGAGGAGGAAGAGGAAGAGAGGGCGAGGGAGGAGGCGGAGAUGGAGGUUGUGGCUGCGAGGGAGAGGGAGGCGGCGAGGACACAAGCAUCCACCACCCCCGCGCCGCCGUCGGUACCCGCGUCGGAACCAUCUGUGAGAGAGUGCGAGAUGGAACGACCAUCACCACUCGAAGAAUUCAACUUUACCUUCUCAGCUCCACCUCCACCCCAACGGGCAUCAAUAACACCGCGUCCGACACCUUCAACCCAUAACAACAACACUCCUACUAUCUUCCGCGAUCAAGCACGGAAUCAUGACGAGAAUUCGUCGGAUGAGGAGACGGAGUAUGAUGCGAAUGGAGGAGCGGGGAUGAAGAGGCGAGUUGUUAGGGAUGGGAUGGGCGGGAAUUGGUGGGAUGGGGCUGGGCCGGAGAGUAAGAGGGGGAGGUUUACGUGAUGAGAUGUCGUAGACUCGUGGAGAGCUGGAUGACGUUGGGAGGAGAUGAGAAUAGAAGGAAGCGGUGGUGAUUGAUACAAGCAACAUUUGGAGGGAAAGAUUCUGGUAUGAUGAUUGGACGUGUGUGCGUGCAUCCCGUCCCUUUUGGCCUUUUUAUUUUCUGUUUGACGUGGAGUUCUUCGUUUUCUGUUCUUUUAUACGGAUUGUUUGGGGCA